AUGGAGGAUGACGAGUCCGCAUCUGUUGCAGCUCAGCUUGCAGCAGACGCUAGUAAUGCCAAGCCCGAUUCACCACCGGGAUUCUCAUUCGACUUCUGCCGAAGCCCCGUCAACCCUGACAGCUCUAGCGAUGACAUUGCGACACGGGCAACUGAGGCAGAAGAUUCUUCACUGGACGUCUCGGGCAAUACGCAGGGUCUUCAGGUCCUGAUCCCUGCUAUUCCAACCGAGUUUCGAGAGCAGUACAAAGAGAUUCAUAGCACAGUCGUGGAAAAAGUGUUGGUAUUAACGGACCCUGUCGGCUCAGAUGACAUCCUCACAGUUGAGUUCACUGAUGGAACGCAACGCAAUAUUACGCUGCGCGAAGUAAAACUACUCGAGAACGGCAUGCAGGCACUAGACACCUGCUUCAUGAAUGUGAAGCGAGCAACUCGAAAUCGCAAGCAUGGAUAUUAUGACGAAGCGCUGUCGAAUGAAAGCUCUGACGAGUCCGUUGAGGCUGACUCCAUGGACCUGGAUAGCGACAACGACAGCGAGGUCAUGCUGAGUACAACUCGAACAAGAACACUGAGGCCGAGAAUCUACCAUUCGACUGCGGAAUCAUCGAAGCUUGAAGAAGACAGCGAGGAUCUCGAUCUUGCUUCAACAUCCCAAAGACGUAGCUCUCGAAAAAGACAAACCCGAUUUCCGGACUCUAUAUUGCAGGAGGCUCUCCAACCAAAGCGGCCCCAAAGGCAACAACUGCUCGAAGCCGGCAACGGGGACGAAGACGAAGACGAUUUUUUCCUGCCUAUUACAUCUGAUUUAGUUCACGGGGGUAAAAAGAGGAAAAGGAAGCUGCAGCGUGUUCGUCCCCAAAGAGCCCACCAGGCUCGCUCAACACGGAGAGCCUCCAGCGCCUCUGACAUAGAGUUUGAGCCACCCAGAAGAUCGACACGAGCCACGCGAAACAUUAGCUAUACACAAGAAGAAUUGGAUGUAGACGAGGACUCUUAUUAUAGAGUCGAAGAGACCACCCCGGGAGCCCCAAAACUGGUCUCUGUCAAGGAACACUUUCGACCGUUGCCACCAGAUUCGUCCUUCGCCUCUGUGCACAUGAGCAUGUGCUACACUUGUCAAAGCUCAAAUAACGGUCAGCUUAUAUUCUGUCAAGGUUGUAGCUACUCUUACCACAAACAAUGCAUCGGGUCCAGAAGCGCAAGAGAGCACUUGGUCACCAAAAUAGGAGAGGCAAGCUUCGUGUUGCAGUGCCGAUUUUGCAUUGAAUUCCAGCAGAGAAAAGAUGGCCUAGCCCCGAGACGUGCCAUGUGCCAAGCCUGCAAAUCGAGUGGUGUUUCCUGCGCUCCAUUCUCGAAGAGACAGACAAUUCGACAGGAAGAGAAGUUGCGAGAACAAAACGACGGGGUAGACCCAGUAACUGAUGUUGCCCAAGAUCUCAUCAAUGCCACCGGGAAUGUUCUCUUUCGUUGCCGCCGAUGUCAUAGGGCCUGGCAUCAGAGCCAUUUGCCCCGGAUCGGUAGCCCAAGUGCCCUUGCUGACCAGCCCAAUGGGGCACUUAAGGAUUACUCCAUCGAUUGGCAUUGCAAUGAAUGUACUUCUGCACAACAAAAGAUACAACGGGUCGUUGCUUGGCGGACCAAAGACUCUGCGGUAUCCGGAGUUCCGGCAUUCUCAGAUUUUGUUGACGAUGACAAGGAAUAUCUUGUAAAGUGGGAUACCUUGUCCUAUUUCCAUUGCACUUGGAUGCCAGGUGCUUGGAUAGCUGGAGUGGCAGUAGGGUCAGCGCGAACCGCAUUCGCAAAGCGAGCAAAUGAAGCCGACUUGUUCAAGUUGACCACAAAGGACGCCAUCCCAGAGGAGUUACUUACGAUAGACAUCGUUUUCAGGGUGAAGCUGGCACCUACUGCGUUGCCCGGCGUCACAGAGGAGGAUGAUCUCGCCAACGUGUCGCAUGUCAGCCAGGCUUUGGUAAAGUUUCAAGGACUUGGGUAUGACGAUGUGGUAUGGGACAAACCUCCUUCAGAAGACUCGCGUGAACUGUACACUGCGUUCGAGAAUGCUUAUCGCGAUUACUUGGCCGGGAAAAACUUCAAGCACUCUCCCUGGCCCAAAAUGAAGGAACGAAUUAAUAGUUUCCAAAACAGGGAGUUUGAGAAGAUUGGGACCCAGCCCGUCGGCUUAAGACGAGGAAAGCUCAUGGCAUAUCAGUUGGAAGGUCUGAACUGGCUUGUUUCCAACUAUCACGAUGGCCGAAGCAUUGUCUUGGCUGAUGAGAUGGGGUUGGGCAAAACUGUGCAAGUUGUUAGCCUCAUAACCUACCUUGUGCAAGAAAGACCGCAGUGCUGGCCGUUUCUGGUUUCGGUGCCGAACGCAACCUGCCCGAAUUGGCGCCGCGAAUUCAAGCAAUGGGCCCCAGAAUUACGGGUGGUCACUUACCAUGGGGGCAGGGAGUCGCAACAACUUGCGUACAAGCACGAGCUAUUCCCACGCGGAGACCGUGAUAUGACGGCACAUGUCGUAAUCAUGUCUUACGACUCGACCCAGGACCCCAAGACUAGCGAACUGUUCAGUUCUGUGCGCUGGGCGGGACUUGUUGUAGACGAAGGUCAACGACUCAAAAACGACCGCAACCUGCUAUAUCAGGCGUUACGCGCCAUGAAGAUCCCAUUCCGCCUGCUACUGACAGGGACACCACUGCAGAACAACAAGAGGGAACUGUUCAAUCUCAUUCAAUUUAUAGAUAAUUCUCAGAACGCCGAGAAGUUAGACGAGGAAUUCCAGGUGCUAGAUAAAGAGACGUUGCCGAAGCUGCACGACAAGAUUCGACCUUACUUUCUGAGACGGACAAAGGCUGGCGUACUGAAGUUUCUACCUCCCAUGGCUCAAAUUAUUCUCCCAGUAACCAUGACGGUCAUUCAGGAAAAGCUUUCAAAGAGCAUCAUGGCCAAAAACCCUCAACUGAUCAAGGCCAUUUUCGCCAACGGUAAGAUGACUUUGAAGGAACGCGGCAGCUUGAACAACAUUUUGAUGCAGCUUCGAAAAUGUCUCUGCCACCCUUUUAUGUAUUCAGAUGCGAUUGAAGAGAAAAACGUUGAUGCAGUUGUUGAGCAUCGGAACCUGGUAGAAGCCUCAGCAAAACUUCUCCUACUUGAAGUGAUGCUUCCGAAGCUGAAAGAGCGCGGCCACAGAGUGUUAAUCUUCAGCCAGUUCCUGCAGCAACUGGAUAUUCUGGAGGAUUUUCUCAACGGUAUCGGGUAUCAGUUUAAAAGACUCGAUGGCAACCUUUCAAGCAUGGAGAAGCAGCGUCGCAUCGAUGCUUUCAAUGCUCCAGAUUCGCCCAUCUUUGCUUUCCUGUUGUCCACACGCGCUGGAGGCGUUGGAAUCAACCUGGCAACGGCCGACACAGUGAUCAUCAUGGAUCCAGACUUCAACCCUCAUCAAGACAUCCAAGCAUUGUCUCGAGCUCAUCGUAUCGGGCAGAAGAAGAAGGUGCUUUGUUUCCAGCUCAUGAUGAAGGAUACUAUUGAAGAAAAAAUCAUGCAAAUAGGAAAGAAAAAAAUGGCACUUGACCACGCGCUGAUUGAAAAAAUGGACGAUGAAGAGCUAGCGGGCGAUGACUUGGAGUCGAUUCUUAAACAUGGUGCUCAAGCCUUAUUUAGUGACGAUUACCAGAAAGGGGCUAUCCACUACAAUGACUCUUCUGUUGACAAACUUUUAGACCGAUCUCAGAUGGAGCAGACAAAAGUUGACGAAGAGGGGUCUGCAGAAGCACAGUUCUCGUAUGCCAAGGUCUGGGCCAACGAAAAAGCCGCCUUGGAAGACGGACUAGGCGCCCCAGCAGAGUCUGAAGCUCCGACACUCAUCUCGUCGAGUGUGUGGGAUAAGAUUCUGGCCGAAAGAGAGGCUGAAGCCCGACGACAGGCCGAAGCGAAUCAAGAGAGGCUCGGAAGAGGCGGGCGGCGGAGGACGACUACGAAUUACGCAAAGGACUCAUUGCAGGGCUAUCUUCAGGACGGUGAGGCUGCAAACGAGUUGCCUUCAUCAUCAGAUGAAUUCGCUUCGGGCGACGGGUCGUCUUCGUCUGACGAAGACGUCGUAUUGAUGAAAGCAGAAGAAGCCGCCGAACCCCUCCCCUCGUCGAGACGCACCGCGAUUCCUGGCAAAGGAAACCCCGGCGAAGGGGACGACGAACUCCAAGGCCAAAUCGGCCCACCCGAAGCCGGGUCUCAACGGUCGUCUGGCAAAGUCGGCCAACCCGGCGCAGAAGCCAAAGGGAGAAUCAAGGCAAAGUAUAGCGGCCCGACGACGCACCAAAGCAACCAAGCCGCGGACGCGCCUCAAUCCAGCCGCGGAUCGUAUGGUCAACCCGUCCCCAACUCCAUCGUUAAUAAUGGUUAUGCCCCAAACACCAACAUGCUCAACAUAGGUCAUGGCGGCUUCCAGAGCUCCGCGUACCCCGCAGUCUUCAACCAGCAGCCGAUGUGGCCCCCCCAUGGCAACUUGGCUAGGGACAGAAAACAGCAGGGCGCCGCGAGCAGCAACGAUGCUGCGACUUGCUGGCCGGUUUUGUGGCACACUGCCCCGGGAUCUCGGAAUCUGCAAGUGCCGCAACAACUGCCGCACGAACCUCCUCGACAACAAAAACAACAACAGCAACAAGUACAACAACAAGUGCAACAAGUGCAACAACGAGUGUCAACUGAGCUUUCGACACGCCGCAUUACAGAAUCGCAAAUACGAGUCACAAUGGACAUGGUCAAGCAUUCUUCCAUCUCGGAUGCUGUCAAGGACCAAUAUCUGGCUGCGCUGGGCAAAAGGCUCUAUGAAACAUAUCAGGUAGGGAAAUCGGGUCAAGCUUAG